AUGACUGCCCACUACUCAUGGUAUAACAUAAGGACUAUCCUUAUUCUGACGUUGGGCAGCCUGACAUAUGGUUACGCUAACAGCGUUCUGACGUAUACCCUCGGUCAGCCAGGGUUCCUGGCCUACUUCAAUCUGGCAGACAAUUCAGCAUAUUCAAACGCGAUAAUCGGUACAAUCAAUGGAUUUUUCUCUGCGGGUGGUACUUGCGGUGCAUUCGCUGCCGGCUGGAUGUGCGACCGAUACGGCAGGAAAAUGACGAUGAAAACCGCUGCUAUAUUCUCGAUUCUAGCUGGUAUCCUCCUCGCAGGGUCCGUGAAUGCCCCCAUGCUUAUCGUGGCACGCUUCAUAUCUGGCUGGGGAGCAGGUAUGAUGGUGGUAAUCAUCCCGAUUUUCGGAUCGGAGGUUUCUCCACCCUCUUCACGAGGGCUUCUCGUGGGACAGCAUGGUGUUUGGAUUGUCGCAGCAAAUGCCGCGACUGGGUGGAUCGCUGUUGGCACAUAUUACUCGACCAGCUUGAGUUUUCAAUGGCGAUUUCCAUUUGCACUUCAGUGUGUCUGUCCUCUUGUCCUCCUUUGCUGUAAUCCGUGGGUGCCGGAGUCUCCUCGUUGGUUAUUGAUGCAAGGCAGAAAUGCAGAGAGCUGGGAGAUCGUGUCCAGGCUACAUGUUGACGGCCCGGAUGCGUCACAUGCACAUAAAAAUUCCUAUGCUCAAAAAGAGUUUCAUCAAAUGAUGAAACAAGUUGAACUAGAUACCCAAGCCUGGGUUACAGGCGGUGGAGCUUGGCAAAUGGUAACAAAGCGCUCGUACCUUAAACGUAUGUGGAUGGGAUUCUUUGUGCAGUAUGCUGCUCAGGCGACUGGUUCCAUGGUCGUAUACAAUUAUAUGGUCAAUCUCUACAAAGACCUGGGCUUUACUGGAGGAAUCACGAUCAUGCUUAGUGCAACAUAUGUUACUGUUGCCACAGUCGCGAACUUGGUUGCGGCCAUAAUCAUGGAUCAUGUCGGUCGCGUUCGGCUGCUCACAAUCGGUCUCGCCGGCUGUAUGAUCUCCCUCUCCCUCGAAAGCGCAAUGGAAGCUCGCCUAGUAGGCCCUACAUCUCACACGGGGAACGCUCUUGGCGUGCUAUUCAUAUUCUGCUUCAUCUGCUUCUAUGCUGGCGGAAUUGAUGCCACGUCAUAUGUCUACUGCAGCGAGAUAUUUCCGUCGCACAUACGCGCACCGGGUAUGGCGUUCUCGAUGGCCGGGACGUUUUUAUCGACCGUCGUGUUCUUAGAAGUUGGCCCCACGGCGCUUGCUAGGAUCGGGUGGGGGUACUAUGUUGUGUUCGUGUGCCUGACAGCAGUGAAUUUAGCUGUCAUGCUCUAUUUUUUCCCUGAGACAAAGGGUCUUACUCUGGAAGAAAUCAAUAGCAGGUUUGGUGAUGCCGUUGCGGUGCACUUUCAGGAGAAUGAAGUGGACUCGGAUAACGCCUCUGGUGAUCCAAAGGCAGAUGUUGAAUGCUAG